AUGGUGUUCAGCAGCGCGUGGCUGGCGGCGGCGGCGCGGGUGCCGGCGGAGCUGUGCCAGGGCGCGCCGCGGCCGGGGCAGCGGCGCCGGCUGCGGGCCGACGAGGUCCUGCGCGCGCUGUUCGCGCCGCCCGUGCACGAGCUCGAGCGCCUCGCCGGCUGCCUCUACCUCUUCUUCUGCAUGCCCCUGCCGGACCCGGACGAGUACUACUACGUGCCGGCGUCCGGGCGAGGCGGCGCCUGGGUGGCGCGGCGGCCCGGCGUGCUCUACAGCUACCGCCGGUCCCUCUCGGUCUCCUCCUCGUCCGGCGACGACGACGAGGGGCUGUAUUACUCGGAAGACUAGGAAAGGAAGAUCGACGAUGUGCAUAGAUAGUAAGGAUCGUGUCGUGUUCGUAUUAGCUAGGCGUGUGGGCGUUUCUUUUGUCCGUUCCA